GCUCAGCAAAACAACAGCAUUGUUUUCUUUUGUUGAUUUGGAGGAGGGGCUUGUUGACCUUUCUAAAAAUAGCAGCUGCUGCUGUAAGACGUCACAGGACCAGUCCAACAUUGAUUUAAAAUGGCUGAGAUACAGGUCUCAUGAGGUCUUAAGACGAGUUGGCGACGUACUGCCAUUUGCUACAAGGCCAAGCGCUUAAGCCCAAUCGUCUCCUUGGGGAAGAGGCAGUAAAUGACGACAAUUCUGUAGUGCUGUCCCAGGAGAAAAUGGACGAGCUCCAGCUAUUCCGUGGAGACACUGUUCUCCUCAAGGGCAAAAGACGACGAGAGACUUGUACGGGAAGAGGGUCCAUGAUGUUCUGCCCAUUGACAACACUGUAGAGGGGAUCACUGGAUAGUUGAGACUGACCCGAGCCCUCACUGCAUUGUGGCCCCUGACGCUGUGAUCCACUGCGAGGGAGAGACCAUCAAGAGAGAGGAUGAAGAGGAGUCUCUCAACGAGGUCGGAUAUGAUGACAUCGGUGGGUGCAGGAAGCAACUGGCUCAGAGCAAAGAGCAAUCUGUUUGAUGUGUUCCUGAAGCCCUACUUCCUGGAGGCCUAUCGUCAGCACAAAGGAGACAUCUUCCUCGUUCGUGGAGGCAUGAGAGCUGUAGAGUUCAAGUUAGUUGAGACUGACCUGAGCCCUCACUGCAUUGUGGCCCCUGACACUGUGAUCCACUGCGAGGGAGAGCCCAUCAAGAGAGAGGAUGAAGAGGAGUCUCUCAACGAGGUCGGAUAUGAUGACAUCGGUGGGUGCAGGAAGCAACUGGCUCAGAUCAAAGAGGCCUACCGUCCAGUACACAAAGGAGACAUCUUCCUCGUUCAUGGAGGCAUGAGAGCUGUAGAGUUCAAGAUAAUUGAGACUGACCCGAGCCCUCACUGCAUUGUGGCCACUGACACUGUGAUCCACUGCGAUUGAGAGCCCAUCAAGAGAGAUGAUGAAGAGGAGUCUCUCAACGAGGUCGGAUAUGACGACAUCGGUGGGUGCAGGAAGCAACUGGCUCAGAUCAAAGAGGUGACUAACUAACCAGUUGGAUGAGCAAGUUAUAAUGAUCACUAGAAAAACUUCAAUUUUCAAUAGUUGAGACUGACCCAUGCAUGCACUGCAAGUAUACUGUAUCAUGUUUUGCGAGCAUCGAACUUUGAGAGGGUUGAUCAAUUCGCAAAACCUACAGCAUGGUAACAUGUAUGUAUACAAACAUCGUGGAACCUUUCAUAAGAUGAUAGUUGGCUAUGUAUAGAGACGUUGUGACAAAGUUCCAGACCUUAGCCGAAAACCAUUGGUCGUUUCUCCACCUAACCGGUUAUCAUGAAUUUGCACAAAUAAAUUAACAACUACUACUCUCUAGACUGGAUGCACUGUAUAUAUGUGGUUUCCAUGGUUAUGCAUGCGUGUAUUCUUGUGUAUACUGUAUAGCGCAAACACAUCGAAUACAUAGCACUGGAAUGUUUCUCUUUGCAGUGGUCCGGGCAAAAUGUUGUUGUUGCUGAUAUUUGUUCAUGCUCUUAAACAAAUACCUGAAAUUUAUUCCGUGACAGCUGUAGUUGUAUACACUGGGACACAAUUAAUGGUUUUAGCACAAUAACAGACCCAUGCUGAGGUAGAGCGUCGUAUUGUGUCCCAACUGUUAGAGGACGGGCUCAAGCAACGUAGUCAUGUGAUCAUCAUGGCGGCCACCAACAGACCCAACAGUAUCGACGGUGCUCUCAGGAGGUUCGGUCAUUUUGAUCGAGAGGUAGAUAUUGGAAUCCCUGAUGCUACUGAACAUGAAGCUGGCUACUGAUGUGUAUCUGGAACAAGUGGCGGCUGAGACCCACGGCUAUGUCGGCUCUGAUGUUGCCUCUCUCUGUUCAGAGGCUGCCCUGUAACAACUCGCAUACAGGAUCUGAAACAGCGCCUCCAAGAUGAAGAGAGUACAAGCAGAAACGGCAACAAAGAACUAGUAUGCACGAACAGCAUUGCUCAUUGCGUUCAGUUCCCAUGCACCCACUCAUAUAUUCUGUACAAUUGUUACUCCUCUAUAUGAAGGUAUUGUUAUAAUUA